GCAGCGGUCGGUUGCUAAGACUUGUGAGGCGCAGUCCUCGCGUGCGGCUCUUCAGUCGGAGCCCUGCCGAGGAUGGACCCCGCCCCGGGCCUCGCGGAGCAGCGUGGGGACGAGGAGGCCGCGAGCCCCCAGCCAGCGCCUGCGCCGUGGCAAGCCCUCCCGGUCCUGUCCGAGCAGCAGUCCCAGGACGUGGAGCUGGUGCUGGCCUACGCCGCGCCCGUCCUCGACAAGCGUCAGACCUCGCGCCUCCUCAAGGAGGUGUCGGCCGUGCACCCGCUGCCCGCCCAGCCUCACCUCAAGAGGGUGCGGCCCAGCCGCGAUGCCAGCCGCCCGCACGCACUGGAGAUACUGCUGUGCCUGGCGGGGCCGGCCCCGGGUGCACGAUCGCUGGCCGAGCUCCUCCCGCGGCCGGCCGUGGACCCUCGCGGCCUGGGGCAGCCCUUCCUGGUGCCCGUGCCCGCCCGGCCGCCCCUGACCAGAGGCCAGUUCGAGGAGGCGCGCGCCCACUGGCCCACGUCCUUCCACGAGGACAGGCAGGUGGCCCGUGCCCUGGCCGGACGGCUCUUCUCGGUGCAGGAGCAGGCGGCGAUGCAGGGCCACAUGGAGCGGGCCGUGUGGGCGGCGCAGCAGGCGGCCGCCAGGGGCCUGAGGGCCGUGGGGGCGGUGGUGGUGGACCCGUCCUCGGACCGCGUGCUGGCCACGGGCCAUGACUGCAGCAGCGCGGCCAGCCCCCUGCUGCAUGCCACCAUGGUGUGCAUCGACCUGGUGGCCCGGGGCCAGGGGCGCGGCGCCUACGACCUCCGCCCCUACCCUGCCUGCUCCUUCGCCCCGGCCGUCGUCGUCCCCCAGGGCGUCCGCGCGGGCUCUGUGCGCAAGCUGGAGGAGGACGGGGACGCGCACGGGGACAGCCUGCCCUACGUGUGCACCGGCUAUGAUCUCUACGUCACCCGCGAGCCCUGUGCCAUGUGCGCCAUGGCCCUGGUACACUCCCGCGUGCAGCGCGUCUUCUACGGGGCGCCGUCGCCCGACGGUGCGCUGGGCACCCGCUUCCGCAUCCACGCCCGGCCGGACCUCAACCACCGCUUCCAAGUGUUCCGUGGUGUUCUGGAAGCCCAGUGCCGCCGGCUGCACCCCUUCGUGUAGGCGGCCGCGCCCGCCGGACCC